GUUUCAAGUGCCAAAAUAGUCAUAGAUAUUAUAAUUUUAUCUUUGACCUAAACAGGAAGUAAUCAAAACUCUUGAUUACUUGAUUGACUCUUUAUUUAAAAGGCAUAUUUUUAGCAAUCAUUUAGUUUCUGAGUUACGCUGCACAAUAAAUAGUCAUUUAACCAGUAGACAAGUAUGGAGAAAAAACCGAAGAUUGUUGUCUUCGAUUUAGAUUAUACCUUGUGGCCAUUCUGGGUUGAUACGCAUGUAACUCCUCCAUUCAAGAAAAAGUCUGAUAAAAUAGUAGAUUUACAAGGUCAUAGCAUAAAAUAUUAUUCUGAUGUACCUGAUGUUUUAAAACAAUUAUUCGACCAAGGAUAUGAACUUGGUAUAGCAUCACGUACUACAGAAAUAAAAGGUGCCAAACAAUUAUUACAUCUGUUCGGCUGGGACAAAUACUUCAAGUACAUUGAAAUUUUUCCUGGUAGCAAGGUUACACAUUUUUCCAACAUCCAUAAGAAUUCUAAAACCGAUUACAAGGACAUGCUCUUUUUUGACGAUGAGCACAGAAAUAUCGUGGACGUGGCCAAACUUGGCGUGCAUGCUGUGCUGGUCACAGAUGGUGUGACUCUUCAUCAGUUAGAAGAGUCGUUAAGAGCAUUCAGUAAACGAUGAUUACUUAACAUACUAGAUCGUUUUAAUUAAAUAUUGUACAUUUAAUUUAUGUAAUCUUUAAUAAAUAUUUAUUUUGUAAAACAAAA